AUUGCGGAGCUGAAAGGGAGAGUUCACUCCAUUAAUUAGCAUUAGUAUUAUUAGUUUCUAGGUGGUGGUUGUUGAAUGGACGGAUGGUGAGAGAUGUGUGUAUCUGUCUGCAGAAUAUGUAACCAAACCAAGUCAACAAUCAGCAUUAUUACAUAACUUGGCCACAGUCACAACAGUUAAGCCACACGCAUCAUUAGAAUCGCUCUCAUUCACCAAGUUUGCAUGCUUUGACUCUGCAUGCAUGCAAAUUAUUUGACAGUCUUGCCAAGUUAGAAGAUUUGUUGGUUAUCACUCUUGGAGGCUUGGAAGGAUUAUUUUUGAAUCUUGGAACAGAAAUGGAGAAACUUUUACCCCUUUGGGUGGUUUUGUUAGCAGCAAGCGUCCAGGGACAAGGCCCAUCAUUUUAUUUUCCAGAUCAGCCACAACCCCCUUCCUCUCCUCAACAACAAGGACAGAGGUCAACGCAGGAAGUUUUGGGCAAUUUUUUCAAUGAUAAUGUCAACUUACCUUCCAUAACCACGUCACAACCUGCAUAUUCGAGUCCACAACCUCAAGUACCACAGUUUCAACCGUAUCAGCCGCAAACUUUUUCAACCGGACAACCCCCACAAUUCAGUACUGGUUUCCCUGCCCAAAACAACUUCGUGACCAAUAGUCCCCCAAAUAAUAGACCAAGGCAAACGAGCUUUUUCGGGAAUAACUAUGAUUUUUUUAGACAAUUUCAUUUGGAUGCAGCUCCACAUCGACCCUCGUAUCAAAUUCAGCCAUUUCAAACAGCGUCCCCAUCAUUCUCAUCCAAUGUAGUAGGAAACAGUCGACCACCCACCCCCACUGCCGUCACUGCACCGUCUCCGACAGCGUCACCAUCCUUCACGUCCACCCAGUUCUUUGGAAAUACCUUCCCCAACUCCCCAGCUCGACCAGCCCCCACAGUCACAUACAACUUCAUUAAUGGUCAACCUGCACAAAAUUCGCUGUAUAACGGGUUCGAGGAUGCCGCUAAGGCGCUUGGAGUCACCCAUGGACUUCGCGUAUAUACGACGGCAACGUUGAAGGACAAUCCUACUCACACUGUGGCAACAAUUCCCCAGAAUACGCCACAACAAGUUGCUGCACAACCGACUGUUGGAAGUAUUCCUGAAAAUGACCAGCGAAUUGAAGACGAUGCGUUAACUUUGACCCCCUCGUCAACCAUUCCACCAACACCAUCCUCAACAUCAUUGCCUUCAUCAACGACAACAACAACUACUCCACCUCCUCCUCCCCUAACUACACCAGCUCCCGUGAUAAUUCGAAAUACAGGACGAUCUGUCGCAACUCCCAUAGUCCGAACCAAAAUUAUAUCCACCUCACAAUCCACACCUCGACCAAUCAGUAGCAGCACUGUAGCUACGACAUUUUCAACCCCAAAAGUUGUAGUCGUUUCUCACUCGCGACCACCAGUGACUGCAUUACGAGCGUUCCCUGGUCGGGACGAAAAUGACUUUGAAGCUUCUGCGCCACAACAACCAGCGACAAAUUUAGUGACUACUACUCCACCAGUAAAAGCUAAAGCACAAUCACACCCACCACCACCACGACCCACCCCCACAUUCUCAGAGGAGAGGCCACUUUAUAACAAUGCCAACCGCCUCAAUCCCGGCCAGUUGUACAGCAAUACGAAUGGAGCUUAUCAAGCAUAUUACAACGGACCUUCUGCUGCACCAACGCCGGCUGGAUUGGAAGAAAUUGAACCCCAAAUUAUUGACUUUAAUAUUCCCAUCCAUAAAAUGAUUCCCGUGUUGGAGGAACAUGUCCCUUUCCGUACUCAAGAAUAUGACCCAUACCGUCGCCCCAACAGUUUUGACAAUUUCGGUCCACCACCUCCACCAUUCUUCUCUUCUCAACAACAACAACCGCAGCAGUCACGUCCCUUCAUCCCCUCGCCCCCACAAUAUGUUGCCCGACCAUCACCUCAACCACAGAUUGCAGUCAUUGUCACAGAGGCGGCCCCGUCACCCACGCCAGCCACCGAGGGUCCCGUCGAAGUCCUCCGCGUUGGACCUAAAGGACGACUCCUCAAAAAGCGAAGGAAGGUUAACAAACCCCAACAGCGAAAGGCUUCAAGCACCACCACGUCAGAGGUCACCACUUAUCGACCCCCAGUGCCUCAAGAGCAAGACGAGGAUCAAGGUGAUAAGCAGAAGCAAGAACCAACAACGUAUCGAUCCAGGUUCCGGUUUAGUACGACCACCUCGACGUCCCCGCCAUCCCCUUCGUCUGAAGGAGGAGCAGCAGCAUCCGACGGAACUGAUAACUCGCAACAGCUAAUCCAGUCUCGUCUCAAAUCGCUCGAAAGACAGAUUAGAUUUCGCCACAGGAACAAGAACUCUUAAACAUUAGCUUAGCUCUGUCCUUUAUCGUAGUCGUCUUAUUUACUUGCUCCGCAAGUACUAUUUUCUCGCUUUCCGGUGUUACAAUAUUAAUUAGUGUUAUUAGCUACAUACAUAAAUAUGAUAAUGCUUAGAACUUUUUUAACUGUGUGAAUGAACAAUAUGAAUGAUUCAUGACAUUGUUAUUAUUAUUGAUUUUGUAUAUUACUGUACUCUAAAGCUCAGUACAUUUCCACACAAAUAAACGGGUUUUUAUAUCUUUUGUCGUAAAUUGA